ACUGCAUUGCAGACCAUAGCUUUAGAUGCUGCGCCUAAGACAAAGGGUUGGGGAAAAAACGUUUUACGUAAUUAAAAAUUAAAUAAAUCUGAAGAUCAAAGCAUCAGUUUUCGUUUGCUUAAAGCGUGGAAAUUUCAAAAUUUACAUUAACAGCAUACUGGAAAAAGAGGAGUAUUGGUUCUAUCUAAAUGCUAUCCUGCACUACAUACGAACAGUCUAAUACAUCAUGAGUCUAGUGGAUAAAAGAAGAUUAUCUGAAGCUUUAAUGUUGACUGGCAAGAAAAUUUCAGCCUUCGACUUUGCAUGGGGUCAUUAUCUUGAAGAAAAUGUACUUCUAAGUCUGUGUAUCACUGGUGUUGGAAACAUUACAGUGCCUAUUUCUUUGACGGAUAUUGAACGUCUGAAGAAAGCCCAAGAGCUAGAACACCGUGUCACAGGCAAUGUGGAUCCUUUACCUGAUACCAAAACUAUGCGAAUAGAGGCCCAAUCAGUGACUUUUAUUCCAUCAAACUUUCUACAGAGUGGGAUUUCUGCACUGUCGUCAACCGCGAUGCGUCACCUUGGAAUUAAUCCAGGCGUCUUAGCUAUCGAAACACAUUUAGAUAAGCUUUCAUUCACUCCUCCUGGUGGACGUCUGGAACCAAGUUUUGUUUUGAAAAGACAGCCAGGUAUGUUUGCCACCAUGAUUCUGCAAAUUCCAGUUGAAGGUGGUCAUACCGGUGGAACACUUAAAGUUCAGUCAGGUAGUAAAUCAAUGGGUUUUAAGUGUGUGGUCGGCAACAACCAAAAGUUUCACCUGACAGCCAUUUAUGUUGGUUGUAAGCAAGAGUUGGAGACGGUCACGACAGGCUGGAUGGCGACAUUAUCCUUUAAUCUUGUUUGGAAAAAUGCCAUGGCCAUGGCUGAUUCCCCUCUCCCGUUUCCAGAUUUAAUAAUAGUUUUAAAUGAAAUAACCGAAUCGCUCAAGGCUUGGACAACUCCUACAGAUUACGAACCUGUACGUCAGAAGGUCGCUGCUACGGUUGGAGCUUCUCCGGAAGAAAUUGUUGCUUCCGUAUUAGACACGUUUUUGCCUAGCGAUCGUCUAGAUUAUUCUCCGGGCAUCUUAUCGCCGAACGCUAGAUGUUCAAACGAAGCCAGCAAUAUGCUAUUUUUUUUACUUGAAGGAAAGUACAGCAUAGCUGAUCUAGGAUUUGCCGAUCUUACUGGACAGGAUGAGAAAUUAGCUCGCAUCUUUAAUUGUUCCCUAUUUCUUGACACACAUUUGGCCGUCAUCACGCAGCAUAUAACAGGCGCUCUGGACUAUUGCGAUUUGGAAAAGGAGAUAUUAUUGAAUAAAACAUUUAAAAUUGAGCAUUGGAUAAAUUCCACUAAUACGCUCAUCAAACUAAAAGGAAUUGAAUUUGACCUACGAACUCAGUUGAUAGGCGACAUGCAAAAGCUCAAGAAUUAUAUUGUCCACGAAGACGGCGAAAGCGAAAAAAAACUGCCACCUGGAUCGCCUCGAUCCUUUUUCUGCCACUAUCCUGUCUUAGUCAUAUGGCCGAAGCCACAAACAAUCCGCAUCUAUUGCCAACAUGGCUUUGAUGCGGUCCUUGACCGUAUGGAAGCCGCAGUCGAUAUUUCCUCUAAUUGUCAGGAGCUAAUCGGCGAUCUUGGCAUUGUAUUGUCAUUCUGCCGGACAGAACCGUUCAAAGUUUGGAGAGAUCCCACGAUUAAAGCUGGCCGUCGAACUUAUAGGCUGUUUAGACUAUGUCUGUUUUUACAAGCUCGUGACGAGGGACUCGAACUCCUUGAUUUACUUGCAACAGAUUUCUGUUCCGAUAGUGGGAAGGAUGCGCUUAGUCUCAUUACUAAUAGCAAUUCACCGACGUAUAUCUACGAGGGUAUUCAAAGCGAAGAUGUGGCAGAAGUUAUCGCGGAGUUCCAAUAUCUGAUCAGUGGUUGGAGUGCGUGUUUGGAUCGAAUUUUGAAAUUGGCCACUCCAAACCGCAUCGUUGAACAACUGGCUCAGCUCAUCAAUCUCGUGAAACACCUUUUGGAUCGCUCAUGUUUAGAAGAAGGAGUAAACUUAAUGGACUGCAUUUCUUUGAUUCUGAGGGAUCUGGAAUCCAACUUUGCCAAGGCUUUAAGACAACCUGAAGUGGAUGCUUUCUUGGAUCAGCUUACAAUUAUGGAAACAAAUCCGUUGACCUCUAAUCCGUCGCGUUUGGAAGAUUUUGCCUUCCUAUUCGCCCGGCUUGACUUUAACGUGCAAUGCCGCCUGGUGGUCGAUCUACAAAAGGAAAAGUGUGCCAGACUCCGUGACCUUCCAUCUUGUCAACAAAUGUUUCGAAAUUUGUGCCGCACCGUGUCCGUUUGCGAUUUACGAGCUGUUGGACUAAUGCCUAACGUUGUCGUCCAGUUACUGACGGGCUAUCUGAGUCUUGAUGAUGAAAACCUAGUACAAUCAAUCACGGAUCAGAUAUGUACCACAAACAUUCAGUGUCCGGAACCAUCAGCUCAGAACAACGAUUUAUUGGAAGCAAUUUUGUAUUCGUCACAAGUGUGGGAGCUAGUUCCGACACUCCAAUUGGCGAAAAAAACUGUUGUUCGUCUAGUAAUUGCCCGUUUAUCGUUCUUGGUUUCUGUAGUUGAUCAACCAGUCCCAGCUGACGAUAAGAACACCCCAAAAUGUGAGGGGGCCGAGGACCCUUCGAUGGUGCAACCGUCUCAAGAUGCUGUGAGAAAAAGUGUUUCGCGGUGUGUUCAUUGGGUUUUCCGAUUAGAACGAGACAGCGCGAUAGAAGAUCAACAAGGAUUUGAUUUACUCACCUCCCUUUAUUCGAAGUUAUCAUUGGAAAACUUGUGUCAUCUUACAUUGGAUCUACGCGUAUUGGAUGAUUCUCUGUUGAAAGAAAAUCCAACAACCUGCAGGUUAUUUGUUAAUCUUUGCCAAUUGUUAGUGAGCCGGAGCAAAGAAGCCAUACCUCAAGUGCCGCAAGAAAUCGUGAUUGAAGUCGUCAAAACCUUCAUUUGGCUAGGUGAUGUCUUACUCGUUCGAUCACUGGUCAAACAAAUUUGUUUGGCUGGAAGUGGAGGUUCCUGGGAUCCCGUGGACAAAAACAAAUUGCUUGAAACUAUCGUAUCGUCGCUUGAGUCGUGGUGUGAAAUUGGUCCGAGCUCUAGUCGACUAGUUCGUGACUCUGCAACUGCUCUGAUUGGAGCUUGGAUUGUCGGCUUGUGUCGUAUUCUCGACCAAGUAGGCUCCGUUGCUACACUCAGUCGGCAAGCAGAUGGAUUACGGAACAAGAUUGCCUUAUGCGUCAACAUAUUCAUCCGCACAGAAAAGAGCCAACCCCGUACCGAUCAACCGAGCAUUGCCACCUUCUUUUCAUUGUUGCUUAGCAAACUAUCUCCUGAAAGGCUCUGUCACCUGAUUGUUGAUUUGCGUAAGCUGGAUGCUACAAAUUCGUCCUCAUCGUUGCUUAAAUCCCCGCCUUGCUUCGAUGUCUACCGAGACUUGUGUCGACUUCUUGUUUCUCAAGAUUUGAAGUCAUUCAUGAAGCCGUAUGCAUGGCUCGUCACCGAGGUGUGGAAGUGUCUCCAUUGGUUCGCUGACGAGGAGACCUUUAUGACCCUUUCCCACAAGAUCCUUGAUGCUUUUCUUCCUGAUCAAGAAAACCCGCUAGUGGCGAGGAUUGUAACUUCAUCAGAGCUUCGCCUGCUGGCCACUGCUUCCUCGUACGGGAAAACGGCUUUUUGUCUCUUCCUGGAUCAACGUAUCAAUCGUUUAAAAAGCAUUUCAAAACCCUAUCUGUCGUGGGACCAUCCGUAUGCUGUUGUUCCGGGUCAUCCAGAAGUAGAAGCGUUUCUUCGAUCAUCACACAAGUCGAUGAUGUAUUCCCAUUUUGGUACAUUUUCGGCCGCUUGCAAGUUUGCUGUCCGAGUGAGUGGCACAAAAAACGGCUACAGCGUCCAAGUUAAUCCAGUUAAAGUGGGCAAACAAUUCCGAUGCAAAAUUGAUAAGAUGCUGAGCCGUAAUGCCUUGCUGAAAAAAGAAAUAGAUGAUUUGACCGAAUUUCUGGGAAGUCUCAAGCAAGCUGACAGUAUCGCAGCUGGGCCAUCUUCGAAAUGCAGUAACAGUCCAGCCGAAAAAAUCACGUUUAAGAAGGAAAUAGUCUCGUCUGACGAUGAGAUUUGCAUCACUCCUCCAACCAAACGAGCCAAAGCGGAGCCUACCUUCAUCACCAAUGCUGCAGAUUAUUAGUAACGUGCCUUACCUGCCGUUUAACUUGCUCAAUGGAAAGUAGGGUUUGUGAAUUGUUCAUGUUUUUAGUCCUAAAUAGUUUUCGUUCGUGUUUUCUAGUAGAAACGGAGAAACUCAAAGAUUAUUAAUGAUUUUUUUUUGCCAGUUGCAUUUUUUUUUUUUUUUUUUGCUUUGUUUCCAUGUUACAUCUUGUGCUAAUUCGCUCUGCAAGAGCUACAUCUUUGAAAACAGUUUCUGAUUUGAUUUUGACCAACACUUUUGUUAUCAAGGGUAAUUCGUCAAAACCUGGAUUUGUGGCGCCUGUUGUUUGGCCACUCAUAUUUUUCUUGCAGUGCAUGUAAAUCUUGAACAACUCAGAUAAUGAAUCAUUCCCUAACCAAAGUUUUACGAGUGAAUACAACCAAGAUUUUGUUCGUGCCUU